AUGAGUUUUUCUGAACACCGUGAGAAGAAGAGAGCUGCCUCCAAAGGGAGACACACUGAUGACCAUAUGGAGUCUCAGAGACCAGAAUGCACUGUACCCAGUUGUGAUUCUAUGAAGGAUAACAAUUAUAUGCUUGAUCCCCCUGACCUGUGCAGUGAAACAGCACCCUGUGUACCCAAGAGGAGUGCAGGUCAGAUCCAGGAUCAGUCCAGCUGUGGUCUGUGUGAACAGGUCCUGAGAGAUCCAGUCUCUACCAGCUGUGGACACAGUUUCUGCAGACAGUGUAUCAGCACAUACUGGGACCAGUCUGGUCCAUCAGGAGGCUAUGUCUGUCCCCAGUGCAGAAAGAGAUCCAGAACACGCCCUGUUCUACAGCAACCCAAAGUCUCUGACUCUACAUCAGAUCCUGUCCUGCUGAGAACUACUGAGGUUCAUAAAACCAUCAUGAAAAAGAAGUGUGAAUACUUAUUUGAAGGAAACACACUACGAGGAGAUCAAACCCUCCUCAACAGGAUUUACACAGAGCUCUACAUCAUAGAGGGAGAGAGUGAAGGAGUGAAUGAAGAACAUGAGGUUUUACAGAUGGAGACAGCAUCCAGGACAAAAAGUUCACGAGACAUACCAAUUAACUACAAUGACAUCUUCAAACCCUCCACCGCUCAGGACCCUAUAGAGAACAGAAAAGAAAAUGAACUGAGAACUGUUCUCACCAAGGGCAUCGCUGGCAUUGGAAAAACAGUGACUGUGCAGAAGUUCAUUCUGGACUGGGCAGCGGGAACAGCCAAUCAGGACAUUGAUUUCAUGUUUGUACUUCCUUUCCGGGAGUUGAACUUAAUCAAAGAUGGGCACUACGGUCUUCAUAGACUCCUGCUAGAGUUUCACCCAGAACUGAGAGAUCUGGAUCCAAAAAAAUAUAAUGAUUAUAAAAUGCUGUUCAUCUUUGAUGGUUUAGAUGAGAGUCGACUUCAGUUGGAUUUUUCUCAGAGGUUGUGUGAUGUGACCAAAACAUCAUCAGUGAACAAACUGAUAUCAAACCUCAUUCAAGGAAAUCUUCUUCCCUCUGCACUCAUCUGGAUAACCUCCAGACCAGCAGCGGCCAAUCAGAUUCCCUCUCAGUUCAUCAGGCGUGUGACAGAAAUAGUAGGAUUCAAUGAUUCACAGAAAGAGGAAUACUUCAGAAAAAGAGUCACUGAUGAGAGUCAAGCCAACAGAAUCAUCUCACACAUCAAAACAUCAAGGAGUCUCCACAUCAUGUGUCACAUCCCAGUGUUCUGUUGGAUUUCAGCCACUGUGCUUCAAGAAAUUCUGCGUCAAGACAAUGUAAAAGAGAUCCCUAAAACUCUUACUGAGAUGUACACACAUUUCCUCCUCAUUCAGACAAACAUGAAGAACCAGAAAUAUGAAGAAACAUAUGAUGCCAGCCCAAAAAAUCUUCUAGAAUCAAGCAAGGAGAUUUUCUUGAAACUUGCUAAGUUGGCUUUCAAACAGUUGUGGAUUGGCAAUGUCAUGUUUUAUGAUGAGGAUCUGAGAGAAUGUGGCAUUGAUGUGAGUGAUGCCACAGUGUACUCUGGGAUUUGUACCGAGAUCUUUAAGGAGGAAUCUGUUCUUCAUCAGAAGAAGGUCUACUGCUUUGUGCAUCGUAGUGUUCAAGAGUUCUUUGCUGCUCUGUAUGUGUUUUACUGCUAUAUAAGCAAGAACACAGAGGAACUGAAGUAUUUUUUGAAGAAAAAGACCAGAGCUGUACCAGAUAAUGUUUCCUUGGAUGUGUUGCUUAAGGGAACAGUGGACAAGGCCUUGGAGAGUAAGAAUGGACACUUAGAUCUGUUCAUCCGCUUCCUUCAUGGCAUUUCAGUGGAGUCCAACCAGAAACUCCUACAGGGUCUGCUGACACACACAGAGAACAAUUCAGAGAGUAUCAAGAAAGCAAUCCGAAACCUCAAAGUCAUCCAAAAAAAGAACGCUCAUCCUGAAAGAUGGAUCAAUCUACUGCACUGCUUGAUGGAAAUGAAUGAUUGUUCAUCCCAAGAAGAAAUUCAAGCUUUUCUUAAAUCAAAGGACUCUAAAUCUAAACUCACACUUGCACAGUGUGUAGCAUUAUCCUAUAUGCUUCAGAUAUCAGAGGAGGUGCUGGAUGAGUUUGACCUGAAGAAAUACAACACAUCAGAUGAGGGUCGUAGGAGACUGCUCCCAGCUGUGAGGUGCUGCAGAAAAGCUCUACUUGCCAGCUGUAAAAUCACAGGCCAGUGUUGUGGAACGGUAGUUUCAGCUUUGCAGGCUGCAGAUUCCCCCCUGAGAGAACUGGACCUGAGUAACAAUGACCUAGAGGAUUCAGGAGUGAAGAUGCUCUCUGCUGGACUGAAGAAUUCACACUGUAAACUGGAGACAUUAAGACUUGCUGGUUGUAAACUCACUGAACAGUCCUGUGAAGCUGUAGCCUCAGUUCUACAGUCAGUAAACUGUCCCCUGAGAGAACUGGACCUGAGUAACAAUGACCUUCAGGAUUCAGGAGUGAAGUUGCUCUAUGUGGGACUGAAGAAUCCACACUGUAAACUGGAGAUACUGAGACUUGCUGGUUGUAAACUCACUGCAAAGUCCUGUUCAUCUGUAGCCUCAGUUCUACGGUCAGUAAACUGUCCCCUGAGAGAACUGGACCUGAGUAACAACAACCUUCAGAAUUCAGGAGUGAAGCUGCUCUCUGCUGGAUUGAGGAAUCCACACUGUAAACUGGAGAUACUGAGACUUGCUGGUUGCAAACUCACUGAACAGUCCUGUGAAGCUGUAGCCUCAGUUCUACAGUCAGUAAACUGUCCCCUGAGAGAACUGGACCUGAGUCACAAUGAUCUUCAGGAUUCAGGAGUGAAGUUGCUCUAUGUGGGAUUGGUGAAUCCACACUGUAAACUGGAGAUACUGAGACUAUCUGGCUGUUUAGUGACAGAGGAAGGCUGUUCUUCUCUGGCCUCAGCCCUGAGUUCAAACCCCUCACACCUGAGAGAGCUGGAUCUGAGCUACAAUCACCCAGGAGACUCAGGAGUGAAGCUGCUCUCUGCUCAUACACAGUGCAAACUUAAUGUGGACCAUGGUGGAGAGUUACGGAUCAAACCAGGAUUAAGAAGAUAUGCCCUCCAGCUUACACUGGAUCCUAACACAGCAAACCCAAACCUCGAUCCUUCUGCCGACCAAAAGCGAGUGACAUGGACAGUUGAGAAGCACCCGCACCCUUACCACCCAGAUCGAUUUGAGAACGUAGACCAGGUUUUGUGUAGAGAGAGUCUGACUGGACGCUGUUACUGGGAGGCUGAGUGGACUGGGAGGUUGGAUAUAGCGAUGACAUAUAGAGGAAUUAGGAGGAAAGGAGAGAGCGAUGACUGUCAGCUUGGACACAAUGACAAGUCCUGGAGCCUGGAGUGCUCUGAAGACGUUUACACUGCCAGACAUAACGGUCAGGGUACUGACAUUACUCCGCUCUCAGAUUCACACAGAGUAGGAGUGUAUUUGGACUGGUUGGCUGGAACGCUAUCCUUCUACAGCGUCUCCUCUGACACACAGGAACUUACACACUUACAUACAUUCAGUUCCACAUUCACUGAACCCCUCUAUGCAGGCUUUAGACUUUACGACACAGACUGGGGCUCUCCUGACCCAUCAGUGUCUCUCACUUCAAUUCUGUGCUGA